CUAAUUAAGACAGCUACCCACUCUGGGUAUGUCUGGUGAACAAGACUCUCAAAGGAUCAGGGCCACGGACUUAAGAAGAGCAUUUCCAGCUCCUACACUUCACAGGCUCUUGAUCUGUUAACUCUGUGCUUUCCCACACCCUGUAAAGUUGCCCCUCAUCCUCCAACUGCCCCUGCCUAAUCCCGUCCCUGUCAGAUUUCCACUGGAUCGACACAGUCUCCAGCCUUGGCUCCCAUUUCCAGUGCUGGGAUUUUCCUGAGUUUACUGGGGCAAGUCACCUGUCAUUUCUGAGACCCAGCUCUUUCAUUUACAAACUAGGAAAUAUGAUUUCUAUCUUCUACAGUCAUUGUGAGGGUUACAUGAGAUAUGACUGCAAAGUGCCAGUCACAGCCAGUGGUCUAUAGUAAGUAUCUGGUAGGUGCUAAUUUCAACUCAACGCCUUUUGCUGCACCUCCUCCCCAGGCUCUUGGGGGCCUCUGUCUCCCGGAGCUGGGAAUCAAAUCUUCAGGGUUCCUGGAGCAGAUUAGUUUUGAAUGUCACUUAAUCCUGGUCGUUCUUCCGCAACCUGAGCCGUGGAAGGACAGGGCUGGUACAGACCGGCAACCUGGAUUCUGAUAGGGACAGGGUUGAUAUAAACCCAUGUAAGUGACCAGCUUCAUAGGUAACGCAGGAUGGAGUUGCUAGCUGGAGCCAAGCUGCUGCUGCUGCUGUGGGUGAUAUACUGUGGAGAUGCACUGAGUGUGAAAGAAAACCGAUAUGCAUCGAUUGUUGACGUGACCAACGGUGGGACCUGGGGGGACUGGGCCUGGCCUGAGAUGUGUCCUGAUGGAUACUUCGCCAGUGGGUUCUCCAUCAAGGUGGAGCCCCCUCAGGGCAUUCCUGGAGAUGACACAGCUCUGAACGGGAUCCGGCUGCACUGUACUCGAGGGAAUGCCAAGCAAAACACCCAUGUUGUGGAAUCCCAAUCUGGAAGCUGGGGGUCGUGGAGCGAGCCUGUGUGGUGUCCUGGCACCCACUUCCUAGUGGCUUUCUCCCUUCGGGUGGAACCGUUUUCAUUUCCCGGGGACAACACUGCUGUGAACAACGUGCGCUUCCGGUGCUCGGACGGUGUGGAGCUGGAAGGGCCUGGGCUGAACUGGGGAGAUUACGGAGACUGGAGCGACUCGUGUGCCAAAGGUGUCUGUGGCUUGCAGACCAAAACACACACCACACAACACAAGAGAGGAGAUGACCGCAAAGCCCAUGACCUCUGUGGUAGAUGA